UCGAGAUAUUUUUAAUAAGGUGUGUAGUCCACGUGUAAUUGAGAUAUUCGAAAUAUAUUUUAUUAUAUAUAAUAUACAUAAUAUUAAAUGACAUCACUUGAGAAGAAUGUUAAAAGUUUUGUUGAAAGAGAUGUGUUAUUUACAUCUAUAUUUGCAGGAGCCAGUGCGGGUAUUUGCGUGGAUACUGCUUUGUUUCCAUUAGAUACUGUAAAAACUAGGUUACAAAGCCAAUAUGGAUUUUUACAAUCAGGUGGAUUUAAAGGACUUUAUCGUGGUUUAUAUCCAGUAUUGAUCGGUUCUACGCCAACCGCUGCAUUAUUUUUUGUUACUUACGAAAGUAUAAAAGUACAUACCCAACCUUUGGUAUCCAAAAGGUAUCAUUCUUUAAUACAUAUGGGAGCAGCAUCGCUAUCAGAAAUGGUAGCAUGUAUAGUACGAGUACCUGUAGAAGUUAUGAAACAAAGAAAACAAGCUUCGUUAUUAGAUAAGGACAAUUUCAGUAUAAAGUUGUUAUAUCGUGGUUACUGGAGUACCGUAUUAAGAGAUAUGCCAUUUAGUUUAAUACAAUUUCCCCUGUGGGAAUAUUUUAAGAAUAUUUGGUCUCUUUACGUCGAAAGAGACAUAUAUCCUAUGGAAAGCGCAACGUGUGGGUCAUUGGCAGGAGCUCUUUCAGCCGCCAUAACUACUCCAUUGGAUGUUGCAAAAACAAGAAUAAUGUUAGCUAGUAAAACGGUACAAAAUUCCGAGCUCAAAUUGUUUACAACAUUACGUUCAAUAUACAUUGACAAAGGCAUAAAUGGCCUUUUCGCCGGUAUCAGUUAUAGAGUAACGUGGAUUAGUAUAGGUGGGUUUAUAUUUUUCGGAGUAUACGAGGAGGCAAAAUUAUUAGCAUUAAAUGCAUUGGAAUUUAUGACCAAAGAGAAAAGAAAAACGUUCGAUUGAUAGAACGUGUAAAUAUUUCUAGCAAAUAUGACUUAUAUCUAAACAAUUCUAUUGUAUAAAUUCUAUUUGAGAGAUCAAGAUCCAUGCCUAUUUUGCAUGUCAUUUAAUAUAAAUCAAUUGAAAUAAGAACGAUAAGAUAAAGAUAAUAAAAUCGACAUCGAUAUUGAACAACGAAA